GUUUGUCCACACUGUCACCACCUGCAAUUCCAAAAAAAUUAUAUGCCUAAAUUUGCCUCGAAUUUUAAGAAAAGCAAGAAAGUUCCGAAUAAAAAGCCUCAUAAAUUGGCCGAUAUAAUUGCUCAAGUCUGUUCCCCCAUCUCUAUCCAUAUUCACUCGCCAUUUUUUAUUUUAAGUGAGAAAAUUAGAACAGAAUGAGGAUGAGGAUAAAGUUUCUGCUUCUAUGUUGUUUGAAUCUUGUGUUGACUGCAGUGGUGGCGGUCGGUCCACCAACUUGUCCCGCUGAAGGCAGCGGAUGUGGUGAUGAUGAAUGGGAAGGGGAAUUCUUCCCUGGAAUUCCUAGUAUUAAGUAUGAGGGGCCUAAAAGCAAAAAUCAUUUGGCAUUUAAAUAUUAUAAUGCUGAAGAGGUGAUCCUAGGGAAGAAAAUGAAGGACUGGUUUAGAUUUAGUGUAGCAUUUUGGCAUACAUUUCGUGGAACAGGGGGUGACCCCUUUGGUGCACCCACAAAAUUUUGGCCAUGGGAAGAUGGCACCAAUUCUGUUGCCAUGGCCAAGAGAAGAAUGAGAGCUAACUUUGAGUUCAUUAAUAAGCUUGGAGUUGAAUUUUGGUGCUUUCAUGAUAGGGAUAUCGCUCCAGAUGGAAAAACGAUAGAGGAAACAAAUAAAAACUUGGAUGAAGUGGUAGCUUUAGCCAAGGAAUUGCAGGGAUCCAAGAUUCAUCCAUUGUGGGGUACUGCUCAAUUGUUCAAUCAUCCUCGUUACAUGCAUGGAGGAGCCACGAGUCCUGAGGUGGGGGUAUAUGCAUAUGCUGCUGCUCAAGUGAAAAAGGCUAUUGAGGUGACACAUUAUUUAGGCGGAGAAAACUAUGUUUUCUGGGGUGGUCGUGAAGGUUACCAGACGCUUCUAAAUACUGAUAUGGGAAGAGAGCUUGAUCACAUGGCACGGUUUCUUGAAGCUGCUGCAAACUAUAAGAAGAAGAUAGGGUUUAAGGGAACUUUGCUUAUUGAACCAAAACCCCAGGAGCCAACUAAGCACCAGUAUGACUGGGAUGCAGCGACAACAGCUAAUUUCUUGCGUAAAUACGGACUUAUAGAUGAGUUCAAGCUUAAUAUUGAAUGCAAUCAUGCUACAUUAUCGGGUCACAGUUGUCAUCAUGAGCUUGAGACCGCAAGGAUAAAUGGCUUGCUUGGAAAUAUUGAUGCAAACACCGGAGACCCUCAAACAGGCUGGGAUACAGAUGAGUUCAUGACUGAUAUUGCAGAGGCUACGAAAGUGAUGCUCACCGUCAUUAAAAACGGUGGGUUGGCUCCUGGAGGAUUCAACUUCGAUGCUAAGCUCCGAAGGGAGAGCACAGAUGUCGAGGACUUGUUUAUCGCACAUAUCAGUGGAAUGGAUACAAUGGCUCGUGGACUCCGAAGCGCUGCUAAGUUAAUCGAGGAUGGGUCACUUGGCGAACUCGUAAAGAAGAGAUAUCAAAGCUUUGAGUCAGACAUUGGGGCUUUAAUAGAGGCUGGCAAGGCUGAUUUUGAAUUCCUCGAGAAGAAGGCUAUAGAAUGGGGCGAACCUAAGGUUCCUUCCGGCAAACAGGAGUUGGUUGAGAUGAUUUUCCAUUCUGCACUGUAGACAAUACUAUUUUAGAACCACCUAUGUAAGGUUUCAAGAUGUUUAGAACUGAGAAUCAACAUUGAGUGCAUAAUAAUUCAUAGAUCAUAGGUAAUGUUGAUCCUCUAGUUUUAUUGCCUUUAUUGGCAAUAUACUAGAGUUAUAAUAAUAAUGAAAUCAAAGUUUGAGUUUCUAGGGUUUUUAAAAUUGUUUGUAUGUGUUUACUAAGGGCGAAGCAUGGAUUUUUAAUUAGGGCGGCUAAAUGAC